AUGGCCAGCUCCGACUUUGACCCCGAAGCGCUCAAGAAGCUGCAGGCUCGCACCCAGCAGCUCAAGAUCGGCGGCGCCAAGCAGCCCAUGCGUCGCAAGGUCGCUCCCAAGCCGGUCGCCGCGCUCGAUGACAAGAAGCUCCAGGCGCAGCUCAAGAAGCUCAACGUCCAGUCGGCUGGCACCGUUGAGGAGGUCAACAUGUUCACGAACGGCACCGCUGUCCUCAACUUCCAGCGCCCGACCGUCCACGCCGCCGCCGGCUCGAACGUCUACGCGAUCUACGGCCGCGGGAUGCACAAGGACCUCGCCGAGCUCAUGCCCAACGUCUUGAACCAGCUCGGCCCGGACACGAUGGCGCAGCUCAAGCGCUUCGCGGAGCAGUACCAGGCGUCGCAGGCGGCGCAGGCGGGCGGCGCGGAGGGCGAGAACAAGGAGGCGGACGACGAGGAGGUGCCCGAGUUGGUCGAGGCGGCCGCUCCUGCAGAGGAGGGCGUCAAGCUUGAGGAUAUUAACUAA